AUGGUAGAGCGGCUUGCCCCUCUUCUCUCGCGCAAUGCAGCGUGUGUGUACCGCGUCUCUGAUUGGAUCUUGUUGGCUGUGAUGGUCGUGUACUUCCGCCACAUAGGUUUGGCGACGUACGGUUUCCGUCAGCAGUUUAGCGUCGACGAUAUCAAUAUCCAGCACCCCCAUGCGAAACAGCAGCAUGUCACGGAACGCCAGUUGUUUAUUUACUCGUGCUUCCUUCCCGCACUGUGCAUUGCAGCCCUUUCCUUCCUGCAGAAACGGCCGCUCUCCCAGCUGAAUGUCGGCCUUUUAGGCCUGUUCCUUGCAGUGAGUAUCACCGCGAGCAUGUCCAACACAAUCAAGCUCUGGGUUGGCCGGCCGCGGCCUGAUUUUCUCGCACGGUGCAAGCCGCACGUUCUGAAACCGCCGUCACACGGCGUGUAUCAUAGUACGCUUGUCACCGACGCCGUGUGCACCGCCGAUAUUUGGUCCCACACCAUCGUGGACGGUUUCAAAAGCUUCCCCAGCGGUCACUCGAGCUGUGCAUUCUCUGGACUGGUUUACCUAGCCCUCUAUAUUCGCUGCACGAUGCAAGGGGUCAUGCGCAGCAUCGCCCAGGCGCAGUACAAUACAUUCGAGCUUGCCGCGGAAAGCGACACAGAGCGUGGCAGCGACGUUGCUGAGGAGACAAAUGUGAGUGGCACCGACUCUACCAAGCCACGCACGUCUCUGAUUUGUGCGCUUGCGCUUCCGUUGCUUCCGAUCAUGGCUGCAUGCUACAUUGCUAUGAGCCGCUUGAUGGACUACAAACACCACCCGACCGACGUUCUUGCCGGCGGCAUCCUAGGCACUGUGAUUGCCGUUGCCGUCUUCUCCGUGUACCGCCCGCUUGGCGUUCCUGCGUCCUGA